GGCAUGGCAUAUAGAACAAGCUGUACAAUCAAAACUGAAAGUGCAUAUUAAUACUUGCAUUAGUUGUAUAUAUAAUAGAAUGGAUAUUACAGUAUCUAAGCAUGCUAUUAGGACUAAUACUAGUACUAAUAAGUGGAAGGGGAAGGGGCUCAUCCUUCUAUUGAUUAAUGGUUUCAUUUUAAGCAUAGGAAAUUGCGGCGGGCCACUAAUGACCCGCCUCUAUUUCGUCCGCGGCGGAACGCGGAUAUGGUUCUCCAGUUCCCUCCUCACAGCCGCCUGGCCCCUCACCCUCCUCCCUCUCGCCGCCGCAUACUGUAUGCGGCGCAAAUCCGAGGGCACGGGUGCAAAGCUCUUCUUCAUGACCCCGAUGAUUUUCAUGGCCACGUCCGUCGUCGGAGCCAUCAACGGCCUCGAGAGCUUCCUCUACGCCUCUGGCGUGGCGAAGCUCCCCAUUUCGACCUCCGCCCUCCUCAUCGCCACGCAACUCGCAUUCACCGCGUGCUUCGCUUACCUCCUCGUGAAGCAGAGGUUCACUCCCUUCUCGGUUAACGCCAUCGUGUUGCUGACCAUGGGCGCCGGAGUUCUUGCCUUCGGGGCGAGUAGCGACCGGCCGGCCGGCGAGUCCGGAAAAGAGUAUCUUAUUGGGUUCAUAAUGACGAUUCUUGCGGCAAGUUUGUACGGGUUCAUUCUGCCAGCAAUCGAGUUGGUGUACAAGCAGGCGAAGCAGGCGAUCACGUACACAUUGGUUUUGGAGAUCCAGAUUGUCAUGUGUUUCUCCUCUACAGUUUUAUGUGCCAUUGGCAUGAUCAUAAACAAGGAUUUCCAGGCACUUUCAAGGGAGGCGAGAGAAUACGGAAUGGGAGAAGGGAAAUACUACGCCGUCGUGAUAUGGACCGCCAUAAUGUGGCAGCUCUUUUUCGUCGGAGCCGUCGGCGUUAUAUGUUACGGCUCGUCUCUGCUGUCAGGCGUCGUGAUAGCCAUGUUGCUCUCCGUCACGGAGGUUCUCGGCGUCGUCUUCUACGGAGAAAAGUUCCAGACUCAGAAGGGUGUCUCUCUUGCCCUCUCCCUCUGGGGCUUCGUCUCCUAUUUCUACGGUGAGGUCAAAAGUAGCACCACCGCGAUCAAGAACGUCAAUGAUGAUAGUCAAACCGCCGCAGAAGCUAAUGACCAAAUUACCCUUACCGGCCGUCCCCUUCCGAUAUACUUCCUCCGUUCUUAAAUAAAUGCAACAGUCAACAUUUCACAUUUGUCGAGGCACAACUUUGACCAUUAAUAUCUAUAAUUCCCGAUUAGUAAAAAAAGUUUAAAAAAUAGAUUUUGAAAAUUUAUAAUGAGAAAAAUUUAACAAUAUUUUUUUCAAAAAUAUAUAUUAUUACAUUAAUAAAUAAAACGUAGUCAAAGUAGAACAUGUGAAUAGUGCAAAAAGUCCAACGUUGCAUUUAAAAGAGAACGGAGGUAGUAAUUAAUUGCUGCCAUAUCAAGGAGAACGGCCACACUUCUAC